AUGGCUCCCAUCACGGAAGAGAUCGUCUCCGGUCUGAAGGACACCAUCAGCAAGCUGGAGGCCCGAGUGGUCGACUUGGAGGACCGUCUUGCCGGCGGCAAGCAGCCCAAGUCGCUGGCCGAGCAGAUGCGCAUCAUUCUUAUGGGCCCGCCCGGCGCAGGCAAGGGCACUCAAGCGCCGAACCUCAAGGACAAGUACUGCGUGUGCCACCUGGCUACCGGAGACAUGCUGCGGUCCCAGGUCGCGAAGAAGACCGAGCUCGGCAAGGAGGCGAAGAAGAUCAUGGACCAGGGUGGCCUGGUCAGUGACGAGAUCAUGGUUAACAUGAUCAAGAGCGAGCUGGACAACAACGCCGAGUGCAAGAAUGGGUUCAUUCUCGACGGUUUCCCGCGGACGGUCGAGCAGGCCGAGCGCCUGGAUGACAUGCUGGCUGUACGGAAGCAGAAGCUCCAGCACGCCGUUGAGCUGCAGAUCGACGACGCUCUGCUGGUUGCGCGGAUCACGGGCCGUCUGGUCCACCCUGCGUCCGGCCGGUCGUACCACAAGAUCUUCAACCCGCCCAAGGACGACAUGAAGGACGACGUCACCGGCGAGCCGCUCAUCCAGCGAUCCGACGACAACGCUGAUACCUUGAAGAAGCGUCUGGCUACCUACCACGUCCAGACCACGCCCGUCGUGGACUACUACAAGAAGACCGGUAUCUGGCGCGGCAUUGAUGCCAGCCAGGAGCCCGGUCAGGUCUGGAAGAGUCUGCUGGGUGUGUUCCAGAAGAACUAA